AUGGAAGCCUCUGUCCCAGCGCACCUGGACACAACCACUUACCCGCGCACGCAACAUGACGCCGCAAAAAACAUCCACCUCAGACUCACGUAUUCGCCGCUCGACCCGAACACCUACCUCGCCCAAACUGCCUCGCCCACCGCAGGUGCGAACGUUCUCUUUUUCGGUACUACACGGGAUACCUUUGAAGGCCGGCCUGUCUCGCAAUUGAGCUAUACCUCAUACCCACCACUCGUGUUCAAGACCCUCACAGCCAUUGCCGAGGCCGCCGUCAACACCCACCAUCUGACGGGCGUGAGCAUUGCGCACCGUCUGGGGGUAGUGCCAAUGGGAGAAGCAUCAAUUGCGAUUGCGGUGAGUUCAGCACACCGCGCUGCAUCAUGGAGGGCCGGUGAGGAGAUCUUGGAGGCUUGCAAGGAGAAGGCGGAGAUUUGGAAGCGCGAGGAGUUUGUUGAUGGUGGCAAGGAAUGGAGGGCGAAUGCUGACCGUGAUGCCGAGGGCAAUUUGAAAUGA